UGUAAAAGAGCCACCGUCUUCCUCCUCCUAACAUGCUCCAUCUCCUCCAUCUCCCCGACGAAGAUCCCACCAGCAUGCCCCCUUCUUCUCGAUCCUCCUCAUCCUCAUCUCUCCACCCCUGCAAACACUCUCCCUCCGCAACCCUCGACCUCCUAAUCCUCCUCCUCGUCUUAUUCUCAGCCGCCUUCCUUCUCUCAUCCUACUUCUCCUACCUCUUCCACUCCCUCUCCCUCCUCUCCUCCCACUUCCCUUCCCAAGAUCUCUCCUCAAUCCCCCCGGCCUCCUACCUCCUCGCCUUCGCCGUCUUCUUCGCGGCCUCGAUCGCGUUCCUCGACCUGUGCUGCGGCCCGAGAUCGAGGAGGUGCCGGAACCCGAAGUGCAAAGGGAUGAAGAAGGCGAUGGAGUUCGAUCUGCAGAUACAGACGGAGGAUUGCGUUAGAUCGGGAGGGAGCAAGGAGAUCGAUCGGUUGCCGUGGAAAGGAGGGAGCGAAGGGAAUCCUGAUUACGAGUGUCUGAGAGCUGAGCUGCGGAGGAUGGCUCCGGUUAACGGUAGGGCUGUGUUGCUUUUCCGAUCUAGGUGCGGUUGUCCUGUUGCUAAGCUUCAAGGCUGGGGACCUAAGCGUGGCCGGCGUCAUAAAAAAUCACAAGCGAACUUGGCUUUAAAAGGAGGGAUAGACAAGCGCUGAUCAGAGAUCUAUGAGAGGAACUCAUUCAAUCUAUCACUACAGAUGUUAUCACAUUCAAUGUUUGCAGAGUUCCAUCUUUAAAGAAAAUCCAUACAACUUCGUCUACUUCUUUUUUACCUUAGAAAUGUCCCAGUAUUACAUUUUGAAACACUUUUAACUCUUUAUUGAAUACUACAUACCAUGGCAAACUAAAA